GGCAGCCCCAGAGCGAGUGGCAGCUUUGAGUCGCCCGGCAAAGAUGCCCCACUGCAACCUGCGCGCAGCGGCCGUCCUCUUUCUCGUGAUCCUAAAGGAACAGCCUUCCAGCUCUGCCCCACUCAACGGAUCCAAGUGGACCUAUGUUGGUGCUACUGGGGAAAAGAACUGGUCCAAGAAGUACCCGUCAUGUGGGGGCUUCCUACAGUCCCCGAUAGACCUGCAUAGCGACAUCCUCCAGUAUGAUGCCAGCCUCACACCCCUACAGUUCCAAGGUUACAAUGCAUCUGCUGAAAAGCUGUUGAACCUGACCAAUGAUGGCCAUUCUGUGAGACUGAAUCUGAACUCGGACAUGUAUAUUCAGGGCCUCCAGCCUUACCAAUACAGGGCGGAGCAGCUGCACCUGCACUGGGGGAACCCUAACGACCCCCGUGGCUCUGAACACACCGUGAGUGGGAAGCAUUUCGCUGCCGAGCUUCAUAUCGUCCAUUACAACUCAGAUCUGUACCCUGACUUCAGUGCCGCUAGCAACAAGUCAGAAGGCCUCGCUGUCCUUGCGGUUCUCAUCGAGAUAGGCGCCAUCAAUCCGUCAUAUGACAAGAUCUUCAGUCAUCUUCAACAUGUUAAGUACAAAGGCCAACAAGUGCGCAUCCCAGGCUUCAACAUUGAAGAACUUCUGCCUGAGAGCCCUGAUGAGUACUACCGUUAUGUAGGGUCCCUGACUACACCUCCUUGCUACCCUACUGUGCUCUGGACAGUUUUCCGAAAUCCUGUGCAGAUUUCCCAGGAUCAGCUGCUGGCUUUGGAGACAGCUCUGUAUUUCACACACAUGGACGACCCUUCCCCCAGAGAAAUGGUCAACAACUUCCGGCAGGUCCAGAAGUUUGAUGAGAGGCUGGUGUAUAUCUCCUUCCGACAAGUAGGACUCCUUACCGACACAGGACUGAGUCUGGGUAUCAUCCUUUCAGUGGCCCUGGCUGGCAUUCUGGGCAUCUCCAUUGUUCUGGCGGUGUCCAUCUGGCUCUUCAGAAGGAAGAAGAGCAAAAAAGGUGACAACAAGGGAGUCAUUUAUAAACCAGCCAUCAAGAAGGAGACUGAGGCCCACGCCUGAGGUCCCUGGCCCUCUCAGACAUCCAAG